AUGAAGAUAUCUACUCUCAAGAACGUCGAUAAUGGUCAACGCGUGGCACUGCUGAGUGGGACGAUAGCAGUGAUCGAUACCGCAAAGGCUGUUGUACCUAGUGUCCUCGUGCAAGGUAUUCUUUCUACAGUUUCAAACAUCUUGGCUAUUGCAAAAAAUACCCUGCAAAAUGAAGGCGAUUUCCGUGGAUUGAUCGAACAGUGCCGAGUUAUUUGUGAUAUUGUCGUAAGGGCUACAGAAGGUCAGACUGAUGGCGACUUGGACAGUGAACUCAGUGACAUCAUUAUCGAUCUUAAGAGCUUUGUCGAGAGCAUUCUCGAGGCAGUCGUGUCUGCAAAUGAGCGCAGCGUCGCCCAGAGAGCCAUUUCCGCACUGUCUGACAAGGACAGAAUCGCAUCUUGGGCGCGGGAACUGGAUAGGCGCGUGUUGCUCAUUAACAUGCACCUAAGCAUGAUAACCCAGCGCAGAAUAUAUCAACAGAGCAGACAGGUCAAUAAACCGAGCAUGUCUACCGCAUAUGAAGACUGGCGCGUCGUCCUCCCGAGCGUGCCUUCCCCUUUCUUUGGAAGAGAUCAUCUCAUUGCCCGUGCCACGAAACUACUUCUCAAUCGACGUCAUGUCACACUUUUCGGCCCAGGAGGUAUCGGCAAAACCUCCCUAGCAAAAGCUAUCAUUCAUGACUCAGUCAUAGCUGAGAGGUUUCAAGGUCGCCGGUACUUUGUAUCGUUCGAUGGACUUGAUGCCUCUCGGAUAUCCACAGGAAUAGUCAGGGAGCGGAUUUGCAGAGCCGCCGGGUUGGAUGGGCGCCUCAGUGAGCGGUGGGAGGAAGUGACGGAAUUUCUGACAGGCGCAGAGACAAUCUUGGUCAUCGACCAUGCAGAUGCUCUUACUGCAGCUCGAAACGCAGACUCCGUAGUCCGUAUCAUUGACGACCUCGCAUCAUCAUCGUCUGUGGUCCUCUUGUUGACGACCCGAAGCAAACACACUGCACCUUACUUUGUCACACAAAUUGUGAGUGUUUCGACAUUAGAACGCAAGUUCGCGAGGAAGACCUUCGAGCACGUCUGCCCGCAACACAUUCCUACGGAGAUAAUCGAUGAAUUAUCGGAUGGCGUCGAUAACCAUCCGUUAUCGGUCAAUAUCAUUGCUCGUCAGGCGGCUCAACAUGAAUGGUCUGGAGCAGAACUACUUUCCGCAUGGAAAACAAACCAAGCAACGUUAUUGGAGAACGGCGAAGGAAAAUCUCGCAGCCUUCGUGCUACAGUCGAACUCUCUUUGAAUACUCCGUCAGUGAUGGCCCUUGGCGAUGAUGCUCGAAAGCUUCUCGAGAUCAUCGCCUUUUUCCCGCAGGGCCUCAACACUAUGAGGGUGAAAGCUCUUUAUCCUUCUGCGACCGCGGACGCGGAUGUGCUCUGCGCGCAUUCAAUCAUUCAUUGCGAGGGAAAUCGUUUCACCAUAUUGGCGCCUGUGCGACUGUACUUGGGUCACAAAGCGCCAAACCCUGAUGCAGGGUUUCUGAAUACGAUCAGGAACAUAUACUACAGAGAGCUCUCUGGUCCCAUCGAACGACGUCAAGCUCUCGUUGAGGCCGAAGAUGUCAACGUCGAACGUCUUAUUGCCUUCGACUUCAACAAGGCCAUCAAUUUAGACGACAGCUCCCGUGCUUGUACAUCAUUCCUAGACAACCUCGCAAUAUGCAAACCUCGGGUGACCAUUCUCACUACAAUGCUCAGAGAACUUCCUGUGAGGUCCUCGGGAAUCCUUGCUAAAGUCACUGGUUGGCCCGCCAGGUCAAAGGCAGUCUCACUUCGCAAGAAGACCCUGCUCGUGAAGUCCGCUGGGACGCUCGCAUCAUCUAUAAGACGCAGCACGUUGACGUCUACCUUUCUGAGAACGCUUUUUGUUCGUGUCAAUCUCCAGAACAGCACACUCCCCAUCGAGAAUCUGCGCACAUCAACGAAUCCUAGACGUUUACGCCAAUUAAAAACUGCUGCACGGCCAUUCCUGCGUAUUAAUCGUCAACCAUUGUCAACCACCACCCCUACAGCCACGAUCAAACGUAUUCACUCUUGUGCAUCUCUUCCAUCGUUUUAUUCUCUUCUGCAAGAGCACCAUGGUGUUCUUGCGUUCUUCACUACAGAAAUCUGCCACCUGAGUCGCAAGGCACAACCAUUAUUUGAAGAGUUUGCGCAAGACAAAAACUCGAAUAAUAGCCCUGUCGCCUUUGUGCAGGUGGAUCUCAACGCCUCACGUGGUGCAGCGGCAGUUGGAAUCGAGUUUGGUGUUCGCGCCACCCCAACAUUUCUGUUCUUCGUAGGAGGAAUGAAGGUUAGGCUUUCCGCAAGCUUCAUCCCAAUCGGCGACUUAUCUUACGUUGCAGGUAUAUGA